AUGGAGCCAAACUUGAUCGGAGCUGCGCCACAAACGGUGGAGCAGAAUGAACAAAUGUCAGAGUUGUGGUCCCAUCAUCAAGGGGCUGAAAACACAUUCUAUAUUGCUGAAGACUUUGACAUGAACAUGCUUUGGAACGAGGUUGAGCACUUUGAUAUCCCGGACUUUCCAUCCCCUCCGCCACCACCAUCAACUGUCGAUAUGGGAAUGGUUAGCACCGGAGUGGAGCCAAACUUGAUUGGAGCUACGCCACAGACGGUGGAGGAGAAUGAACAAACGUCAGAGUUGUUGUCCCAUCAUCAGAGGGCUUUAUCUGAAAACACAUUCUAUAUUGCUGAAGACUUUGACAUGGCCAUGCUUUGGAACGAGUCUGAGGACUUUGAUAUCCCAGACUUUCCAUCCCCUCCGCCACCACCAUCAACUGUCAAGACGACUGUCGAUAUCGGAAUGGUUAGCACCGGAGUGGUAGACGGUGGGCAGAGUGGUGGUGGUGAGAAAGGUGUCAAGCAACGUCAUCAGCGCAAUUUUUCUGUUGACAUGCUCUCCACAGUGUCAUUUCAGGGUGCCUCGUCUUCUACUAGGGGGAGGACAAGGACCCUGACUCCUGAGCGAUUGGCAGCAAUUGCUCUAGUCGAUCCAAAGAAAGCCAAGAGGUUGAUAAUGAUUCUUUGUUGUCGGAGAUCCGCUGAUAAAAGAAAGGAGAAGAAAAAGCAACAUCAAAGUGAGCUGGAAAAACAGGGUAAGGAGCUUGAGAUACAAGCAAGCAACCUCUCUGCACGUGUUGCCCAACUAAAGAAAGAAACCGCAGAAAUGGCUACUAAAAAAAAGGAGCUAGAAAUACAAAUACAAGGCAUGACUAAGACUUAUCAACUUCAGAGAGUUCUCAAGCAGAAGACAGAGGAAGAAAUGGAUCUCCUCAGGAUUCAAACUGCUCAGAAUGCUGCUAUUAUUGACAAUCAUUCUUAUAAUGGUUUGGUCUCUCAGUUUUCUUCCCAAUUAGCUAUGAAUCAGGUUCAUCAUUAUCUACCACCCCAACUCCAGGUUCCUCAGCGACCACAUCUCUUCAUGCCAAUGUCGAUGCCACCGCCUCCUCCACCUCCUCAGCAACCGCAACUCUUCAUGCCUCCAUCUCCUCCUCAGCAACCACACAUCUUCAUGCCACUGCCGUCUCCUUCUUCACCUCCCUCUGGUCAUCCUUUCAAUGGUGAAUUUGGCCCUGACUUCUCAAACUACAAUGAGGAGCUAGCUGAUAAUAGCAACAGAAAGUGA